GGUUGUCAUGGCGAGAAGGUUGAAUUGGGGCGGCAUUGCGCUCUCGUUUAUCACGGGCACGAGUCUGGCCGCGGUGGGCGUGAUGGGAUACGUGCGCUAUGAGCACCCAGAACAAUUUGCGCAAGGGAGUGUGAAGCAAGCUCGCCCUGAAGCAUGGGACGACCAGCAGAAGCAAUGGGGAGCGUAUGGUAGCGGCCUCAGCGACCUCAUCCCGAACGCCGUAGCAAACUUCUUUGAGAUCGACCAGAUCCCCGCGCGAGUGGAAGCACAUCGCCGACGCCGCGAGAAGGAGAUCAUCGACGCGAUUCGAAACCAAACGAGUUAAUGUACUUCAUCGUUCA